UGUUACUUCCGGAAAUUUUUCAGUCAAAUAGAAAAUUAUAACAGGAUCAACUAGUUCAGUUUUUUAAACUUUCGGAUAACAAAAAGAAAAAUUUAUAUGAUUUCUCGUAUUAUCUAUGAAGUACUGCGUUUUGGAGAUUUAACUUCAUUUUAUUACAUUGCUUUUAAUCAUGGAAAGUUAUAUUGAUUGUGAAGCCUUUUUCAACCACAAGCAUGUACCUGAUUUUGACGUGAAAAAAUCGGUUAAAAUAGGCCUUACAGUAUUGUACAGUAUUAUUUUUGUGGCUGGAAUAAUUGGAAACAGUCUAACUAUAAAAGUUGCACACGUUCUUCAAAGGAAAGGAUAUCUUCAGAAGAGUGUUGCAGAUCACAUGAUCAGUCUUUCAUGUGCGGAUUUACUUGUUCUUUUACUGGGAAUGCCCGUAGAAUUGUACAGCGUGAUAUGGAAUCCAUUCUCCACAACAUCUGGAGAUGCAACAUGCAAAAUCUAUAAUUUCCUCUUUGAAGCCUGCAGUUAUGCUACAAUAUUGCACGUUGCUACUUUGAGUUUUGAGCGUUACGUUGCAAUUUGCCACCCUUUCAAGUAUAAAUCGUUUUCUGGUUCAAGAACAGUGAAGCUGAUCUGCUUUGUCUGGCUGACUUCAUUUUUGGUAGCCUUGCCUCUCCUUUUUGCAAUGGGGGUAGAGGAUCCCUUGGAGGCAUAUGAGGACCAUCCUCACAUCCGUGCUCGCAAUCACUGUGACAUUAGAAAAUCAAACCUGACUAUUUGCACCAACCUCAGCUCCCAUCAGAUUGUGUUCCAAUUGAGUAUUUUCAGCGCUUUCAUUGUAUACGUAGUGAUACUGGUCUCAGUUGCAUUCAUGUGCAAAAAGAUGAUGAAUACUUUAAUUGGAAUGAAGUCUAACAACACAGCUAGCAAAAACAAAGAUCAACCGAAGCCUACAAGUGCAGCCAUGAAAACAUCGAGAAAACAGAGCAUUAUAUUUUUAGUGCUCAUUGUGGUUGCCCUAGCUGUGUGUUGGACUCCGUUGCAAAUACGUCGUAUCAUGGCAGCAUCCAAAGAAAAGUCACAGUGGACAACGGUAUAUUUCAGAGCUUUUAUAACCCUGUUGCCUGUUUCAGAUACUUUAUUUUAUCUCAGCUCAGUAUUAAAUCCAUUGUUGUAUAAUCUGUCCUCUAAGCAGUUCAGGGCAGUUUUCAUGCAGGUACUACGCUGUAAGCCUAUAGAGCAUGUAAACAUGCAGACACUAAAGAGAACCCAUGCCACUAAGGGCAGCACCACUCACUCCAGAAGGUCAUUACUCCAUGUCACACUCAAAUACAACUCUUCACGGCAGAAAAGCAAUAAGGAUCUUUCGAACACAGGUGCUGAACUUGAGCCAUUGUCACAUCAAAACUGCCAGACCCGAACAACAAAGCCAGAUGGAUUUAACUCUGCCAACUCAGUUUCAGGGCCCAGCUUGUUGAACAUUAACCCUAAGCUUCCCUCCACAGAAAUCAUAUCUGAGCUACACCUAACGCAGCGGCCAAAUGGAGUCAAUGAAACUGAGAUAUGAAGCUCUUAUAAAAUGUAAAUAUAUCAAGCAAAAACCACACAGAAAUUUUUCAAAGUGCUGUCAGUGAUUUUUCCAAAAGUCAUUUUUAUAAUACCAUGUAAAAUUUCAAUAAAGCAACCACAGAAUUGGCAAUUGUCUCUGUGUCAAGAAUAUGGUCUUUUAAUGCUUUUAGAUGGUGAUUCUCAGUUAUUAGUAAUGUAAGCUGUUACACAGCAUGUGAAAUGUGGACAGCAAAGCAAGGUAGGAAAUGUCAAAACUCCUACAUCAAUAAUGACACUUGAGUUUCCUUCAUUUUAUAUGUUUAUGUUGGAAGAAUUGCUGAUGUGAGUAUUCCAACUGCAGCUAAAAGUUUUAGGCUUGCUCUUGAAGACAUCGCUGAGCUUCCUCUUCUUCUGGGACGGGGUCCAUUACAGAGUGGAGUGUUGCAACAGCUGAUGCACACAGAUCCCACCUUUCCUGGAGAACAAAAUGAUUGAUAGCCUGCAGACGUAAUGAGGCAAGAUGUAGAAGCAGCGCAAGACUUCCGA